CCCGGACACCCUGCUGCCCCCACCGGACUAACAGCUCACGGGAUAUUUACAAUUGAACACAUUGUUUUGUACCUGAAAAGUACAGUUUUUUUUUAAACUCACUCUCCGCUGUGAAGCGCUCCCAGGAAUGGACUGACUUUUCUGCUCUAUAUUUUACUUUUUUCUUAUUCCCUCUCAGGACUUUUAAUAAAGUCCACAUGCGAUGAGAAGAAAUAAAUGAAAAAGUGAGCGUAGUUUUGCGGUGACGGCGACACAGUCUCAUUUGACAAUAUUUUUUCAUUUUCUAAACCAGUUGAGCAACUGGCGACAGGACUGUAUAAUCAAUGUGGUGUCAGCUGGAAGGACGCGGGGUCCGGAUCUCACCUAAACGCUGAUACGUCUUGGGAGUGAUGCACUGGCUUCCCCUGGUUGCCAUGGUGAUUGCCUCGGCCCUGCCCUUCCCUCACAGCCCCUUGUCCAGGAUUACUGCCGCGACGACAGAGCCUGGCUCCGACAACCGCAGAGAGCAUCGUCAUGACCCGGCAGCUCGCCUCGCAGCUCCCACCAACAACUACAACUUUCACGGAAACGCCUCACAGACGAACUUCGACAUGGCUGCUGCUCUUGGCCAACGCCCCAACGGACGAAACCUCCAGAGCCACAAGGAUUAUGUGAAAUCCUCUGCACAUGAAGAGACCUCCAUGUUCAAGGUGGAGAAUCAAGGAACCUACCAAUCGAAUAGCAACUCAGGCAGCGACGGCAAAAGCAGCGUCAGUUUGGAUGUUCCCGCUGAAGGAAGAACACUCAGGACCGAGGAUAUUUCCAAGGAUAAUUCUCGACCAAAGGACUACAAGGCUGACAGCAGCAGCAGGAGCAGACGAGAAUACUCCGGUUCCAUGGACUCUUCCAAAAAGGACACUGUUCAGGAGUCAACUGAUCAACCGUUGCAGUUUUCUGCAGAGGAAAACCAUAAUACUUUUAGCCCUGCAUUAUCUCUAAAGGGUCCAACAGGACCAGAACCGACUGUUCCUUCAGAGCAGGGGUCUAGAAGAGGUCAGGCUGAGCAAAGAUUGAACGUGGAGGCAGGGCUGGGCCUUGGGAUCGGGCUGGACAACAUCCUUGAAGGAGACGAAAUGUUUUUGGACGCCCAUCCACGAGUCCUGUUCUCACCCUCCCUGUCUCCUCCAAAGCACCCCCCUCUUCUUCUAAUGUUGGAGACCGGCCCGCUGGAGGAGGUUGGGGGUGUGGAGGAGCAGGAGGACAUGGAUGGGCACAUCGAGGGUCACGGGGAUCAGGCAAUCGACAGGAGCACGACUCCGAGUUGGGCCGAUUCUUCCAGAGGAAACAGUGCGGUGGCCCAUCCUAUUAAACGGGACAAACGCUCGCACCCCAUUGACAGACGGAGAGGGGAAAAGUCAGUAUGCGAGGCGGAAAGCGUUUGGGUCACCGACAAGAAGACGGCCACCGACUCCCACGGUCAGAAGGUCAGCAUCUUGCAGGAAAUCCAAACCCAAACAGGACCACUCAAACAGUUCUUUUAUGAGACUCGCUGUCGCCAGCCCGAGCCGCAGAGCAAAACGGGCAAAUCCCGAUCCCUACCGAUGGGCGUAGCGGGGUCCGGUUGCUUAGGCGUGGACAAAAGGCAGUGGUUGAGUGAGUGUAAACCCAAGCAGUCAUUUGUACGAGCGCUCACCAAAGACGCAAACAACAGAACCGGAUGGAGGUGGAUCCGCAUCGACUCGUCCUGCGUCUGUGUGCUGCUGUCCAGAACCAAUCAGGCACCAGGGAGGGAUGUCUUGAUGAGACAGGGGAGAGGGUGAGAGAGAGAGAAGUAGAGAGAGAGAGAGAGAGGGAGGAAGAGAAGAAGGGAAGACAUAGAAAGUGACACACAGUAGAGCAGCAGGAGUUAAGUGGUUCCAGCCUUAACUCCCAUCUUUUCUCUCUUUUUCCCGCUCCCUGCAUCCGACACAGCGUCAAAGGACUUAAAAAAAAAAACGAGAAGACCUCAACACUAGAUCUUAGGGAAAAUUGUCAUUUAUAGAGAUUUGACUUUAAAAAGUACUGUUUUUGUAUGAUUUAUCUUUCAUAAUCUAAGUUAUUUUUUGAUUAGUAUGUAAGCAUGUGUAUGUCUCUGAUAUUAAUAUAUUCCUUUAUAUAUAUAUAUAUAUAUAUAUGUAAAAUAUGACACCAGUAUACCUUUAUGUAUGAAGCUAUGUAUAUCUGUGUGUAUUUAUAGAAGAAGUGUCUGAUGAUAAUUCCAGCCUCUGGUCCACUCGGAUUAUGAGAGGAAGGAGCGCCACCUACUGAGGCUCCGUUUUACUGCUCCACACUGGCUCCAUUCUGGAUUACCAUGAAUGUAGUAAUCAGUGCUUUUUACAGUCAACAUGCAAAUUACAGCGUGGGCACAUUUUUUUUUAGCAUGAUCUCACUCAGGAUGCUGAUGUGACAUUUUUGUGGCAGGAUCCAUCUGUGUUUGGAGCUGGUUAAAUGUGGUUUGUCAAUGACAUUACACAUAAAGAGGCUAAUUUAACUAUCUGCUGGUUUGCUCAGUUUGCCUGCCAAACAUGGUAUCAGGUUAUCUGAUAUUUUAAAGAACAAAUGCUGAAUUUAUCUGCUGAUGAAAGUGAGUAAAUAUCAUUUUUUCCCCUUCUGUAAUCGGUUUCCUAUUACAGGACCAGGAAAAAUUACAAACUACAGCUACAUGAAAUGCACAU